AUGACGGUGAAACUGUUCCGACGGGGCUCGGCCCGGUGCAUCGGGUUGCUGUCGGCGUUCGUCACGAUACUGCUCUGCCUCUACUACAUUUCGAUGGGCCAACCGUCGCCGACCGGCUCCGGCGGGACAUCGCCGGCGCGGCUGGGGCUACACAGCAAGGACGCACUGGCCGCGGCCGCCGCCAUGGCGCACCACAAACGGUCCAACGGCCAGGAUGCGCAGCAUACGGGCGGCCAUGCGAAUCACUCGUGGCACAGCUGGCUACGGAACAGCUUGAGCUCUAUUGGGGGCCACGGCAAAGAUCAGCGCCAUCGCGUCGGUGAUCGAGAAGGUGAUAACGGGCGAGACGAGGACGGUGACGGCGGCGGCGACAGUGGCGACAGUGGUGGGCCGCUGCCACGAUUCGGUAGCCGCUGGGAUGAGUGCAACGUGCUGGAGGAGGCCCCGACCGACAUCAACACCGUUGAUGAGUAUGGAAAAUUUGAUUUCCAGCCCGAAUGGAUGAAAACGAAAGAGUACUGGGACAAGGACUUUGAAUCUCGCUACGAAAAGCUACAGAAGGAUCCCAAAAGGCCACCGCUUAAGAUUGUCGUCGUCCCGCAUUCCCACAACGAUCCUGGGUGGUUGAAAACUUUCGUCAACUAUUUCCAGUCCGAUUCGCGUCAAAUUCUCAACCUUGCCGUCACCAAAAUGCCCGAGUACGGCAACAUGUCGUUCAUUUGGAGCGAGAUCAGCUUCCUGCAGCUCUGGUGGGACCAGGCACAUCCGACCAAGCAACGGAUACUGAAAAAACUGGUGCAAUCGGGACGAUUAGAGAUCACGACCGGUGGCUGGGUUAUGACGGACGAAGCGAACGCUCAUCUAUACGCCAUGGUCGAUCAGCUUAUCGAAGGCCAUCAAUGGGUGAAAUCAAACCUAAACGUUACACCCAAAACGGGCUGGAGUAUCGACCCGUUCGGUCACGGCAGUACCGUGCCGUACCUCCUGGCAGCAUCCGGCUUUAAGGGAACGAUCAUUCAGCGUAUCCAUUACGCCUGGAAGCAGUGGUUCGCGCGCCACCGGUACGGCGACUUCCUGUGGACACCGUACUGGAAAAGCUCCGCCGCAACGACGAACGAUCACACGAUGCUCACGCACAACAUGCCGUUCGACAUUUACUCCAUCAAGCACUCGUGCGGUCCACAUCCGUUCAUCUGUCUGAACUUUGACUUCCGCAAAAUACCCGGCGAGUACACGGAGUACUCGAUCAAGGCUCAGUUCAUCACGCAGGAAAACAUCGAAGCGAAAGCGGACCUGCUGAUGGAGCAGUACUCGCGGACGGCUUCCCUGUUCCCGCACAACGUGGCCCUCAUUCCGGUCGGUGACGAUUUCCGGUACAACAAGGAAAAGGAGAUGGAGCAGCAGUACACGAACUACAAGAAGCUGAUCGACUACAUCAACGAGCACCGGAAGAAGUACAAUGCGGAGAUCAGCUUCGGCACACCGGUCGAUUACUUUAACGCGAUUCGUGAUCGCUACGAAAGGUUUCCCACGCUCAAGGGGGACUUUUUCGUGUACGCCGACAUCUUCAACGAGGGCCGACCGGCGUACUGGUCAGGGUACUUCACGACGCGACCCUACUACAAGAUACUGAGCCGUGAGCUGGAGCACAACCUGCGCAGCUUGGAGAUUCUGUUUACGAUCGCAUUCAACCGGGCACGGCAGGAAGGCAGCUCGAAUGCGUUUAAAAUCUACGAAAAAAAUUACGAAAAAAUGAUACUGGCGCGGCGCAACCUGGGUCUGUUUCAGCACCACGAUGCAAUCACCGGCACGUCGAAGGCGAACGUGAUGCGCGACUACGCGCUGCGGCUGUUCGAAAGCAUUCAGGACACGGUGAAGCUGCAGGAGAAAACCAUCGAGCUGCUGGUGCAGCGGAAGCCGCUAGAGCACAGCUUUCUGAUCGGUGAACUCGAGCGGGACAACUUUGGUAAGCUGCCCCGCAAAACGCCCAUCAUCGUGACGGAGGGACGCACGGCGGACUUUAUCGUGUACAAUGCGCUCGCCCAAGAGCGCCUGGAGGUGGUCACGAUUCGCACGCUGACGCCACGGGUCAAGAUACUGGACGCGGGCGGAAAAACGGUCGACAUCCAGAUAAAUCCGGUGUGGAACAUAACGGAAACGUCGUACACGUCGCGCAAGAUCGUACCGUCCGACAAGGAGUACGAAGUGAUGUUUGUGGCCCGACUGGCACCGCUCUCGCUAACGACGUUCACGGCGGCCUAUGACGAAGACGGCUACCAGGGCAAGAUGGCAACGCUCUACUGCAACGAGUGUCAGGACGAGAAAACCAAAGCGUUCGAGGUGCGCAACAAGCAACCGGGCGAUAUUCAGCUGGAGAACUACAAGAUGCGGCUGCUGUUUGAUGAGCAGAGCGGAUUCCUGAAGUCGGUGACCAAGAAGAACAUGGGCAAACAGAUUCAGUGUGCGAUCAAGUUCGCGGCAUACAAGAGUGCCCAGUUCCACUCCGGUGCGUACCUCUUCAAGACCGACCCGGAGCAGCGCAGCUCCGAAAAGGAUGUGCUGGAGCAGUACGGUGACCUUACGAUUCUGAUCACAUCCGGCCCCCUGGCCAGCGAUGUAACCGCCAUCUACGGACCCUUCCUGGCACACACGGUUCGCAUCUACAACUCGAACAGCGUGCUGGACAGUGCGAUCUACAUCGAAAACGAUAUUGACUUCGAAGCACCACCAAAGAAUCGGGAGACGGAACUGUUUAUGCGCUUCAUUACCGACAUCGAGAACGGUGCCAGUGAAAAUCCGGAGUUUUAUUCCGAUCUGAAUGGCUUCCAGUAUCAGAAGCGGGUGAAGGUGUCGGCGAUCGGUGUGGAGGGCAACUACUUCCCGAUCACCACCGGUGCCUUCAUUCAGGACGACCGCAUGCGGCUAACGCUACUGACGACCCACGCCCAGGGUGCGGCCAGCUUAGAGCCGGGUCAGCUGGAAGUGAUGCUCGAUCGACGUACACUGUACGACGACUACCGAGGUAUGGGCGAAGGAGUGAUCGAUAGUCGACUAACGCGCCACCGUUUCUGGUUGGCCCUGGAGACGAUCGAUCCGGCACGGCCGGCCUCUGCCAGCGGCGAUGGCGAGGGUGAGCAACGUAAGCCUGCUGCGUCCACCGAGUACCAGCUGCCAAGCAUCUUCGCCAACAGCCUCUCGAAUGGUCUCAACUAUCCCGCGAACCUGUUCAUCGUGGAGCGGUACGACGAAAGCAAUCAAAUCGAACUGCACCGUGCGGUGCCGCUGCUGCAAGUGCAGUUUCCGUGCGAUCUGCAUGUGCUCAACCUGCGCACGCUCACCGAAAGCACCCUGCCGUUGUUCCCCUCCAACUCGGCGCUGCUGGUGCUGCAACGGCAAGCGUACAACUGCCGGAUAGGGGCCGAAGAGAUGGUUGGCUACUUUUGCGGCAAUGGAAGCGCUGCUAACCCGACGCAUUCCAUCGCCGAAGGUGACACAAGCGGCGGAGGACACACCGCGGACUCGAGCGACAACGAACUGGAGCGCGUUGCCACGGUUCGGGACGACGGGCGACGACAGCUACAGAUGUUCCAUCGGUUACGGAUCGAAUCGAUCGGAGCUACCUCGCUGACCGGUUUGCACCCGGGUGAGAGUGUCAGUUCGUUCACCGAAAUCUAUCUCGAACCGAUGGAGCUGAAAACGUACAAUCUUACGUUUGUCAAGUAGAGAGAACACCGAUGCCCAUGGGGUCGGUACACCACCACCGUUCGAUACAUUCCAUGGCGGGGCGCGACGAAGAGCGCUCGCCAGCAAACUGCUAACCCAUCGAGCGAUUGCAGAGAGAUUGUCCGAUGCCUAGGGGGGACAUCCGUUUAACGACGGUUCGCUGGCUCGAAAGUGAAUCGAAUUAUGCCUGCUUGCGGUCUAACGUUGGCUGCUUAAAGCUCUCUAAGUACCCCUCACUUUCUACCUAUCUCACUUUCAAUCUCUCUCUCUCUCUCCACCACUGUCCAUCCCCUCGUUUUCCUUCCCACAAAUCUCUAGCUAAUUUAUAAAGUAUGUGUUAAAGUUACUGAUUAUUUUAAAUGACCCCUGUAUGUGAUGUAAAAGCUGGGGUCGAAAACGAAUCUAGUAGGAUAAUAGGGGAUACACACUUGGGACACACACCCGAAAGGGACAUCACAAAAGACACGAAAGUCACACAACACCAACAAAAACACAGACACACGUUCCGCCCACAGAACAAACAUAGCAUAAAUUAAGCACUUACCUUCCUAUAGUGCGUAUGAUAGGGUUACAACGGCCACUCGAGGAUGGAAAGAAAACCAAAAACAGGUGGGGAGUAGGUUUGUUAGAAACCCGGUCCCGGGAACGGAUAAGCUUUUCCCUCGCUCCGUUGCACACACGUUAAGCGAGCUGCAAACUUGCAAAAAAGUUCGCCCAUGCACGUCGUAGAACUGUAAUUAGAGAAUCAAAAACAAGUAACCCAACAGUGGACUAUUAGAAAUGCCUGUCAAACGACGUGUAGGAAUCAAACCGCAGGAGUUUGAAUCAAUUGAUUAGAUUGUACGGAUUGGGAGUAUCAGAGAGCGGAUGAAUACGGCUGGGGGCGGCGGAAGCCACGGGCGCGCGGUAUUAGGAAUACAAAAUACAAACAAAUCUGAGAAAAGAAAAAUGUAGGAAAUGCGGUAACACAAACGAUAGGAGCCGAAUCGAACGAACUUAUGCUAGGAUACAAACAAAGCGCCAACAAGGUUACGACGUGAUUAGUUUUGAUUACCCACAAAGUUUACGAGAAAACGAUGUUACUCUGUUCAUGAUUUGUGCAAAUUGUUCCACCGGUCCGUACCAUUCCUCGGUUGCAGAUAAAGAGCGGCGAAAGAAGGCAAAACUGGAACAAUGUGGAAGAAAAUUUCAAACAAUUAGUUUGGUCAAACGAUUCUGGGAAAAAGCGAAUCUGGGAAUCAGCGCCACGUUUUAUCGCAUCUCAGUUCACAUUGGCGAUUCAGUCUAGUUGCUCCCGUAGUUUCGUUCGGUAGAAUCGUACUGGUUAGUUUCCGUCUUACAGAAAACAUUACAGAAAUGUCCAAGUGAUCUUCGAUUAGUCCUUUUAUUGGUUGUACAAAAUUGUAGUAUUAUUGGUAUAAGAUAGUAAGGCGUACAGUGAAUAUUUAGCUUUAACACUCACCACUACUACGUCAGGUAAACGGCGCGGCCAGCUCGGUUUAUCGUCUCAUUUAUGUCGUUAAGCGACUUUGGGCCGUUUUUUAACACUUUCACGACGAUUUAUUCACUCCCUUUGUGUUCUACCUCGCGCAUCCUAUCUGACAACCUUAUUUGUUGACAUGUUUAGAACAAUUGUUGUUAAUGUGAAAAUAAUGAUUUCCACCUCAACGAGGUCGUGUAGUUCCGUAGUUUAUAAAUGAUGGAUAUUAUAGUGCGACAGAAUAAACCUAUGAACCGUUUAAAUCUACACGGCGUACCGCGCGGGUCGUGCGAGUUAAAUCUCCGGAAAGACGAACCCAGAGAUCACAAAACGACUGAAAACUCGUUGCGCUUCUCAAAGGGUGAUAAUGGUAGGGGCAAGCGGGAAAGUGUGCGACGAGCAACGACAGAAUAAACCACAAAGCAACCGAAAAGCAAAUUUCCAGUACAUUAAAACGUACACCACCACACAAAAUGCAUGACGAACAGGGAAAUAGUAGAAUGUGCUAACUGGCGUUCCGCGGCGGGAACAUGUCCCUUCAUAUUUCAUUCUGUCGAUGCCUUGAUCGGCCAAUGGUAAGCUAACAAACCAAAUUUAGCGCGCGGGGCGAUUGUGAAUACCACUAAUAAAUUAAA